AUGGUGCUCGCCGCUGCAGCGGACUUGUCGCUGGAAAAGCUCGCGCAGCUUGCCGACUCCGUGAUGGAAUUCGACUCCCCAACUGUGUCAGUGAUCGCGACCACUUCCACAACAAGUGAGGCAUCUCGCCCUUCGCCACCAGACCUGCACGCCCUACGCGACGACUUUCGCAGCCAGAUCGAACAGCUCUCCGCUCAGAUAGCUACCCUGUCUGCGCGCUCUCGAUCCUCGUCACGCCGCCGCUCCUCUUCCCGCCGGCGCUCCUCAUCACAGUCUCCGCAUCCCGGCGAGUGUUGGUAUCACCGGACCUUUGGUGCAGCCGCCCGAAAGUGCUCAUCUCUCCUGCACUUUCUCGGGAAACGCUCCGACUCACCACUAGAAGCGGCGAGUGGUGGCGGUCCAGCAAGCAGCCGCUUGUUCUUCGUUUUGGACAAGACAUCAGGGCUCCGUUUCCUCGUGGACACGGGAGCCGAAGUUAGCGUUGUUCCACCCUCACCCGCAUUCCCGAAGAAUCGCCGAUCUGCACUUACGCUGCAAGCCGCCAACAAGACCACCAUCAUGACUUACGCGGACGUUUCUUACCCAAUUCUCGGAGCGGACUUCCUUCGUCAUUUCGACCUGCUCGUGGACAUCUCCCGCAAGCGCCUUGUCGAUGCUAAGACACACCUAACGGUGCAAGAAAGCGCAGGCGAGAGCCUGACUGCUCAGCCGCGGAGCCUUGUACCAAGAACGAGAAUCCCAGAAAUUCCUUUCCUAGAACAGCACGGCACCUCAAUGUGA